AUGAACCAGUUUCGGAAUAUCAGGCGCAUGGAGCCACUCCAGGGACCCUCAAAAUGGGUCCCCACUCUGGGCGAGCUGCAGAAGACCCUCCAGAAGGGCGAGUACCUGCCCCUCCGCCCGCUGCCCAUGUUCGAGAGUAACUUUGUCCAGGUGACCAAUCGAGGGGCCCCCGUGUACAUGCACCACAGAACCAACCGUCUGACCAUGGGUGUGGCUGCCUCCCUGCCAGGCCUGGUACUCCCAGACAUCCUGCUGAUCGCUCAGCCCGGAGAGGGCAAGGAGUGCUCCCACCUCGUCCUCACCAGGAUGCUCCCGCUGGACCUGGCCCACCUCUACGUGCAUGACUUGUCUGCCUGGCGCCUUAAGUUGCGCCUGGUCACAGGCCGUUACUACUACCUGGAGCUGGACGCCCCUGAUAACGAGGCUGGCUUCCUGUUUGACCGCUGGAUCCGUCUCAUCAACCUGCUCCAUGAGCCUGCCACAACCUGGGCCCCCAGGACUCUGAAUACACCCACCAUGGACCUGGCCCAUAUGGUACCUCCGGCCUCCACCUGGCGCCUCCAGGCCCAGCCCCAGUCCAAAGGUUCAGUCAUGAUUGUCGAGCCCACCUUUCCUUACAAGUUAAUGGCAUCUCAGAGACAGAAGAAGACCAAGACCCUCAAGCGCAGAUUCAAGUCUCAGGCCGUGGGCGACUCUGUGCCUCUCAUCUGGUCGCGUCUGGAGCAUGCUGAAGCUAAAAAGAAAUCUGCGGAAAAGUCCCAACCAAAACUCUAUGCUGACACGUCUCAGACGAAAAUCCAGGUUUCUGAGAAGCCCAGCAUCACCAUCCGUACCAUCUUCAGCAUCAUUUCCAACACCAUCAACAACUCACAGUCCUCUUCCAAGGGUUACUUAUCUGACUCUGAUGUGGGCACGGUCCUGGGAGGUUUAGUGGAGACCCCUGCACGCUGUAUCUCGGACGGCAGCCAUGAGCCUUCCUUGCUGGGCUCCUAUGAUCACUUGGACACAUACCUGUGGCAGCAGGACAUUGAAGACCUGAUGGACCCUGAUUCCAGCACCUUGUCCUCUUCCUCCUUCUGCCCAGCCCCCGGCCCUCCGGCCUUCAACCUCCCUGCCAUGUUCUCCUUCCAUAAGCACCAAGGAAAGGCUGGGCAGAGGCAGCGGCCACCAUACUCCCAGAAGACGCCAUCUACCCAUGCUGCCUCUUCGAAGGUUCCAUUCAUCCUCGACCAGUCCAAGAAGGUCUCAGCAGUGCCUGCUCCAUCCCAGAAGACCUCGACUGCCCCUGGCCCAUCCCGGAGGACCCCAGCUGCACCUGUUGCGCCUCAGAAGGCCCCAGCCCCAGUAGCACGUGGCCCAUCCCGGAAGGCCCCACCUGCUUCGGCUAGUUCCCCAAAGGCCCGAGCCAUACCUGUCCCAUCUCAGAAGGCCCCACCUGUGUUGGCUAGUCCUCAGAAGCCUCCAGCCGUACCUUACCCAUCUCCAAAGUCCCCACCUAUCCAGGCUCUUCCACCAAAGGCUGCGUCCCCCACUCUCCAAAGCAGGAAAUCUUUCUUCAUCCCUACCCCAUCCCAGAAGGCUGUGACCUCACCUAGUCAAUACAAGAUGACACUGGACGGGGCUGAUUUUGGCAUGGUGCCUGAAUUAAGUCCUAAAAGGGAUGGGCUUGAGAGAAGGAAGCAUGAAGGGACGCCACAGCCCAUGUUGUUCGUGGGCACCCAGGAGAUGGACGUGCUAGAGAUGAGGACCCAGAGAACAUCCAUGGAGCUGCCUUUCACCACCAUGAAGAAGCAGUCAGAGGAAGUCGUGAUCAGCAAAGCCCGGGAGAUCACCCUGGAUGGCCUGAAGGGCAGGAGCACGUUGGAAGACAAGGUCCACAAAAAGAAGGAGAAGAUAUCCCUGGACAUGCCUGGCUUCAAAUCCAAGGAGAGAGGAAAGCAGCAGAGGUGGCUCAAAACCCAGGAACUGGCCAUUGAGGGAGGCCCAGAGGAACAGAGCAGGCCCUUCUCGGUGGAGGGGCUCACCCUUGCCAAGAUGAUGAUCAUGGCCAACUGCAAGGAGCCACCCCAGAGACCAGCUGCAGUCGGUCUGCCCUCCUGGCUCUCAGCUCCCCAGGCAUCUGCUAGGUCAACAGAGGGCACAGUGCCCUUCAGCCCCCAUCAUGUGUCCUCCCCAGAGGGGAAACCGGGGGCAGUUAGGGAACAGUCCCCGGUGGGCUCCUGGGUGCCCUUGAUGGAGGGGACACCAGUGGGGUUUAGGGAGCAGUCCCCAGUGGGCUUCUGGGUGCCCUCGACAGAGGGGACACCGGUGGGGGUUAGGGACCAGUCCCCGGUGGGCACCUGGGUGAAGGGGAGAAUGCAUCAGUGGGCAGAGAGGAGCAAGCAUCACUGGGUGAAGGAGCUUUCCCAGGACACAACAGGGCCUUCCAAAGUGCCCUAUCUCAUGGAGCAGGAGAUGGACAGUGUCUCCAGCAGCCGGAAUAUGGAUGAUGUCUCCCAGUCUCCCAUCCCUCUGCCCGCAUCGGAGUGGGAAGAUGUACCCCAGCCGCCCAUCUCUCUGACCCCCAUCUCCGAGAUGGAGGCUGGGGUGUCCCCACAGCUCAGCAGUGUAUCUCAAGAGCCUCAAGAGCCCAAGGAGAUGUCAGAUCUGAGCCCUCUGACCACGACCGGGUUGUCCUCAGAGGCUCUCUCACCCUCGCCCUUGGAAGUGGAGAGUGUGAUGGACAUGGCUACCAACGGGGAGAAGACAGAGGAACAGGAUGUCUUCAGUGCUUCAGCCAGGUACUUGGGGUGA